CUCAAAUUCAGCUAUAAUACAGCUUUGGCUAUGGCUAAAACUCCUUCCCCCGCAGUCGCAAGUUCAAUUGAACUGCUACGUUUUUGUGCUUCUCUUUACUGCUACAGAAAGAACACACUCACACACUCUGCAAAACGUUGGGAAGAAUAAUGAACGGAGAUGAAGAAUGGGACGAAGAUUUCUUAGACCAACUACGCCAAGUUGAAGAAAUUGCUCUUUCUUCUUCAUGUUCUUCUGCUUUCAAGCCAAAUCCUGACCCAUUAAUCCCUUCUCAAUCAACUUACAUCCCACCAUUUCAACAUCAUCAGGAUAGUUUCAUUACUCACUCUCCUCCACGAGAGCUUUCUCAAAGACCGAUUGAUUUCGACAAUCGUUUCUCCAAUGGCUUUGCCUCAGUCUUUCCUCCCAUUUCUCUUCCCCAAGACAGCGCCAAAGAUCGAGAGAUUGAUCGAUUAAAGAGAGAGUUGGGUCAUGUGUCAAAGAAGCUGCUGGACCUGGAACAAGAAUGCUUUGAACUUAGGAAUGAGAGAAACAAAAAUGAGGAGCAGAUUAAAUUUGUAUAUUCACAUGCUGCGGAAAAAGAUAUGGGCAUCCACUGCUCAAAAAAUACAAACUUGGAAUGUGGAGUUCCUUCUCUCGACAAUCAUGUGGUUCCGCAACAAUCUAGAAAUGCAAAAGCUUUAGGGAACAAGCUGGGAUAUCAGAUAUGUUUAGCAACUUCAUCCUCAAAGGACAUAGGAGUUCAGACAGACGAAACUGGCGAAUCUAGCAAUUUAGACUUGAAAGAUGAUCUACCUUCCAGUACUAAUCUUUGCAACAAGCUGCUAGGGAUAUGGGGCUCCACAAAUGAGCAGAAGUUAGGAAGAAAUCUGAUCUCCAAGUUGUUCAUAGCAUGUCCAGCAGAUUUUCAUUUUCUUUUUGGGCGCAUGAACAUUAAUACGUCCUCCAAAUCAGGUGACUCUGUGGUGGGUGAAUGGUCUUCCGAUGCAGCUUUGCAGUACCAUAUGCACUCUUUUCAUGCUUCUGAAGCUGCAAAAAUAUCUUGUUUGUACUCUGUAUUGACUAAGGUCAGCAAUGGACUGUUACAUUUGGAGGCGUUGCUUCAGCCUUUGAUUGAUCUCUGUUAUCUUGAAAAUGUUGACAUUCUUUGUAGUUCUCUAAGUAUAUUGCAUGUGUUUCUGAAGCACCUGUUUAGUUCAGGAAGGAAUUUGGAGAAGAGGGACAGUUUUAAGGUCGAGGGAGCAAAACCUGGAAACAACUUCAAGGAUCGAGUCCUGUUUAGUGAGAGUGAGAACGAGGCAUCUUGUGCAAGCUAUAGACUGUUUGGGACCAUACCUUCUGAUCCUCAAAUUCUUUGCAAGAAUGGAGUCUGGAAUGUUGACAAUGGGUUGCCACUUUCUUCUGUGGACUGGGUUUCUUUAUUUUAUUUGUUGCUUCAAAUUGCUGUGAGCAAGACUGAAGAACGUGUGAGAUUGGAGGCAGUCUCUAUCAUGAAUGUAAUUGUUCUGAGAACAAAUGCUCAUGCAGAAAGGGAAAUAUUUGGCCAGCCACCAGUCUUUGAAAGCAUUGCACAAUUCUUAAAAAGGGAAGCCAGUUCACAUGUGCAAAAGGAUGCUCUUCAUCUACUAUACUUGCUACUAAAUUGUCCCAAACUAUUGAGUUCUGUCUGUCCUAGUUGUAAAGAGGGGGAUAAUGCUGCAAAUGAAGAUAACAAUGCUUCUGCUUGUGAAAAUUUCAAUGCGAUCCUUGAGGGUUUGGUAGACUGUGUUACCUGCAAUGGAAAUGGUGUACAGGAUAUAGAACUUCGUAGGAGAGCUGUUAUUAUGCUAGCUUUUCUAGCUGCGUCAGUAAAAUCUGGGUCUGAAAUUCUGGUGAAUCACAAGUUACCUGGAGAGAAGAACUUUCUUAUGUUGAUUUUACAAGUUCUGAUGUCGGAAAUGGAUGUAGAAUUAUCAGUCUCUUCUGAGCCAGCGGAAAAUAUUAAAGCAAGGACUUUGCUGAUGCGGGAGGUGCUGAUAUUACUUAAUAGACUUGUGUCGAACCCAAGUUAUUCAGCUAUUGUCUUGAGAGUGAUAACAGCUAGUAGAGAUACAGCCAGUUUGAUCAUUGAUAUUGUAAGCAGAUUGUCCCAAAAAGAUCAGAUACGGAGAGCAGGUGACGGUAUCACAUUGCAAAUGAGAGAAUCAGAAAUUGUUGACUUAGCUAGAGCACUUAAGAAAAGGAUUUUUACUUAUUUGGAGAUAUGAAACCCUAAAAUAUCGUCAUAGGAAGGUUAAAAUGAACUCUAGAUUUUGGUAUGUGCAUGGCAUUAGCUGCAUAAGAACAGCCAUGAAUGCACGGGAUUUUGUACAUAGAUGUUUUGUGAUGGUAACCGUUACUGUAACAUUUCUCUCUGGAUUAAUCCAGAAUUUUGAUAGGCUUCGACAAAAUUCACAUUGUGUAUGUGUUGCACGGAGCAAAUUCUUGGUUAUUCCCUGUUGAAUAGUGCUAAGCAAUUGCAGAACUGAAUUCCUCUUUUA